AUGAGAACCAGACAGCGCUCGCAUUGGACAAGAAUAGCAAACGAGUUUGGUGCUAUCACACAGUCUUUAACUCUUGAUAUUUCGCUAAAUGUAUGUCAAGCAAGGUUGUCAGCGAGAGUAGACCAUCCAACACUCCAUGAUCCAGUACAGGCUAUUAAAGUUAUGCACUCAUUCAAGAAUACCUAUGUUCCUGUAUCAAAUUUGGAGACAUCCAUCGAGAACGCUCUCUCUAUAACAGAGAAGGAUGCAUUAUUUGACAGCUACGAUCCUUCAAGAGACGAUUUGUCCCCAGAUGCCCUUCAUGACCUUAUAGACAGGUUGAAGAACGCACCACAUCCACCACAGCCUGUAUUCAAGCCAAAAGUGUCUAGGAAACCGUCAAUAAAGAAGACAGAUAAGGAUAUACGUACAUUUUUUAGACCUCAAUAG